CAAGCCUUUGCUUUCAUCAGUUUGGAAUAGCGUAGUGUUGGACAUGGAUUUGCUUCUUUUUGUGGUGGUUUAAUGUGGCCAUGACAAAUUCCGAGUCAGAUGUUGAAUUCUUGGAAGACGAUGAUGAAGAUCCAACAGAAGAGCAAGUCCUGGAAUAUGCCGAGUUUCUUGGCAUGGACCUCAAGACGGAGAGGCAUUUGCUGUGGAUUGCUCGGGAAGGAGUGGCAGCUCCAGUUCCACCACCCUGGAAAACCUGUACAAACAAGGGCGAAGUUUUCUACUUUAACUUAGCGACGGAAGAAAGCUCCUGGGAUCAUCCUUGUGACGAGCAGUUUCGAGCCCUCUUAGAGGAACACCGGAAACUACCUGGAAAGCCAGGACAACUGGAAGAUACCAACGACACCGAGGCUCAACUCACGCACUCGAAAGCACCAGUGGGCAAUGCAGAGGAGGAAAAUGCAAGCCAUGAUGAGAGCUUCGUUUCAGAGUUGGUGGAAAGUUCAGAACAUGAUGAUGCAAACCAGGGCCCCGAGGACGCCCCCAGUGGUCCCAGGAUGGAUCAGAACAAGUCAGAGGAUUCAAGCCCUUGGUCUGCAACUUCGAGCCGACGCUCUGAAGAAGGCAACGACUCGGGGAAUGCUGCAACGACAAGUGGAUGCAUGAAGGAGACGGAGCCAAGCAAAACAGUUGAGCAGGAGGUUGCGGGUGAUGCUGUGAAAGAGGCAAAGCAGGCAGGCAUUGGUUUAGUUACCAACGGAAGAAUUUCCAAACAAGAUGCUCACGAGCAUGGUGCCUUGAGCGAGGUUUCAGAGGAUUUUCGUAGUGACUGGGGGGCUCCAAGCCCGUUAGGUUCCAGCGCUCAGGGGUUGCUGAACCCAGCACCUCACAGCCUGGAGGUUUCAGCCUCGGAUGUGGGAUCGGUGUUAGCGCUUACUUCAGUAAAAGGCUGGGCAGCUCUCACGGAAGACUUGGCCACUCUCCAACGGAAUUUAAUUGCUGUCCGGAAAUUUCGCACAGAACAAGCUGCAUUCCUAAAGAGGAUGAAAGGCUGAGCCAAUCUGAGCAGCCGAAACAUUGCUGUGGAAAAAUGCGUUCAAGCUUUGUAUGUUUCAUGACACUCAGCGGGUUCGCUUC